CCGCAUUGACCAAACAGAUUUCUUGAGUUUAUCUCCUUCCCCCCUUCGUUCCAUCUUCACAAUCCGCAAUCGACCCAACCCCACAGCCGAAAAAAUCUUCAAUCUUUCCAAAACAUUUCUUCAUUACUAUUCAAUCCCAUCAUCAUCUUCAUCAGACAAAGCCGAAGGAAGGAGAAGAAAGGGAGUAUGGGUCUGUUUGAUUUGGAGAAGCACUUCGCCUUCUAUGGAGCAUACCACAGCAACCCGACCAACAUCUUCAUUCACAUGAUCUUCGUCUGGCCAAUUUUCUUCACCGCUCUGCUCCUCCUGUAUUUCACUCCCCCAAUUCUCGCCGCUUCUCCGAUCCAGCUCGGUUCUCGGACUCUUCUGGUGUUCAAUUCUGGCUUCCUGUUGGCCUCGAUCUACGCCCUCUUCUAUGUGUGCCUGGACAAGAAAGCUGGCUCUUUCGCAGCUCUCGUUUGCUUUCUCUGUUGGGUCUCUAGCAGUCGCCUUGCUCUUCUUCUCGGCUUCUCCUUGGCUUGGAAGGUUGUUCUUGCAGCCCAGCUGUUGUGCUGGACAGGGCAGUUCAUAGGUCAUGGUGUGUUUGAGAAACGAGCUCCGGCUUUGCUGGACAAUCUCACACAGGCAUUCCUCAUGGCUCCUUUCUUUGUCCUGCUGGAGGCUCUUCAAUCUUUCUUCGGCUAUGAACCUUAUCCAGGCUUCCAUGCCCGUGUUGAAGCGAAGAUCAAAUCUGAGAUUGCAGAAUGGAAAAAAAAGCAGAAGCAGGAGAAGAAAAGUUCUUGAAUGAAGAUUUAUAUGUAUAUUUGACAGUUUAGGCCUUUUGUUUCAUCUUCCUGAAAUUGAAUUGUGUACAUUACCUCCUGUGAACUCUGUACAUGUCCUAAAAAAACUUGCAUUUCCAAAUAAAAACUUGAAAAUUCAGGAUCACAUGUUUAAGGAAAUGCAAAAAAAAAAAAAAAUAGUGGUUUCAACUUUCUUGGCUUAAUAAGAUUCCUGAAAAUAU